AUGGCAUCUACACAAAGAGACCGAGGCGGGGAUUCUUGGGAGGACAAUGUCGCUAGGAUCGACUUAACUCUAGAGUCAUCACCAGAACCAGAACGGAGACCCCGGAUGCCACUGCGACAAUCGCAACUUCCAAGCUACCUCAAACGAGAGCCACGGCAAUCUAGUAUGGAACAUAUUAAAAAUGAACAGGGUCAAAGCGCAGGUUCCACCCGCAAUGCGCCUCACCGGCACGCGCGUCCCAUCAAUCCCCACCACCUUGCGCAAAUCAUCAAUACCAGCAACUCUUCGGCUUUGAGAAAGGUACUACUCAAUCUUUGCCAGCUAUCACCCGCAUUGUCUAGCGCAGUCGCUCGUGGCCUAGCGCUUCACUCGACCUACGCACGGGGGGUGGUUGGUACGCAUGGAGUGACUCCGGGCAAUCCAUCGGCCCGGCCGUCUGAGGAUGACGCCUACAAUGCCUACGAACGAACGAAGAAGCGGAUUGCCGUUAGGAACAAGGCCAUAGAAACGGACCGCGUUGCUCGGCGAGAUGCUGAUCGCAACCUCCAUGCUUCUCAACCAGUUCUGUUAGGCUCUGGGUCUGACAUUGAGGAUGCGCAUGUCCCAGGAGCUUUCCCACACAGUGUUAAGCAGGCGAGCAAACCUCACACUCCUCAACGAGACAUACCUCGGAGCUCAACUACAGUUAAUCACUCCCCCAUGCCUCUCUCUGUAUCUGGGCGACUCACCAAUGUCCAACGAGAGAAUAUUCAGAAGCCUAUGAUUUGCAGCCAAUGCGAUGAACAGUUCACAGACGACGAGGACGUUUGCAUCUAUCAUCCGGGACGAACCAUGGAGCAAGAAGGCAGCAUGCCCACCUGGAGCUGCUGUAAUGCACCAUUCAGCGAAAUUGGCUGCCAAUUCGGGUCGCAUGUCCACUCUGACUUAAGCAGGACCAUUCCACAAGAUAAUAGACCACAGUCCCAGCACAAAUUGUGUGCCCAAUGCCACCAACCGUGGGUGGCAGAGUCUUUGGGUUGUCGUUAUCAUUCAGGUCGUAAAGUCAAGCGGGAUGGUGGCAUGGCCGUGUACAGCUGCUGCAAUAAAGCUAUCGACGCUGUUGGCUGCGAGUAUGGAUCACACGUCGACCCUGAGAAAAGGAAUGACCCUCUGAGCCACAAUCAGCCCAGCGCAUCAGAGUCUCCUUUCCCAGCACAAAGGAAGAAGCCGAGAUUUCUCUGA